GUCUGGAGAAGUCGCUGUGAACUAAGUGUGUGUCGAUUAUUUUAAAAGUUCCAGGUGAACGAAUGUUUCAGUCAUGCGGAUACUUGGCUAAAGUUAACAGGAAAACCAUCUUUUACGCACAGCGCAGCGCAAUACGUGACCAAUUUAAACCCCCGAGUGGUUUCAAGUAAAGUUGUUCAUAAAUGAUUAUUUCUGGUCAAUAUUUGAAGAAGCAGGUUAGUGAUUAACUGUCCGCGGUUGCAGCAGCUGCACAGACUCCCAGCAGCUCCGUCACUGACCAUUUCAGCAUGCAGUGCGUCCGGGUCUGGAGCUCCCUGAGCCGGGCAGCUCACCGGGCAGCUUACCGGGCAGCGUGGACACGAACCCAGAGCCACGCAGCAGCGGCCAGGCUGGAUCUCAGCGGGAUCUAUCCGCCCAUCGCCACUCCCUUCACCGCCAUGGAGGACGUGGACUAUCAGAAACUGGAGGAAAACCUGCACAGAUAUGCCAAGAUACCGUUUAAAGGUCUGGUGGUUCAGGGCUCCAACGGCGAGUAUCCCUACCUGACGGAGGAGGAGCGGGUGGAGGUGGUGAGGACGGUCAGAAGAUCUCUGCCGACGGGAAAGCUGCUGAUGGCCGGAUCAGGCUGUGAAUCCACCGGAGCCACAGUCCAGCUCACAGAGAAGAUGGCGGCAGCUGGAGCCGACGCCGUCCUCGUGGUAACGCCCUGCUUCUACAAGGGCAAGAUGGACAGCUGCGCUAUGAUCCAUCACUUCUCCAAGGUGGCCGACAGCAGCCCGGUGCCGGUGGUUCUGUACAGCGUUCCGGCCAACACGGGGCUGGAGCUGCCGCUGGACGCCGUGCUGCAGCUUUCUCAGCACCCAAACAUCCUGGGCAUCAAAGACAGCGGAGGAGACAUCACACGGAUCGGCCUGAUUGUUCACAAAACCAAGACGCAGGAUUUCCAGGUUUUAGCCGGCUCCGCAGGAUUCCUAAUGGCUGCCUAUUGUGUUGGUGCUGUGGGUGGGGUGUGUGCGCUGGCUAACGUUCUGGGCCGGGAGCUGUGUGAGCUGGAGCGUCUGUGUGUGUCCGGGCGUUGGGAGGAAGCCAGAGUCCUGCAGCAGCGCUUCAUCGAGCCCAACGCCGCCGUAACCAGGAAGUUGGGAGUUCCCGCCCUCAAACAGGCGAUGGAGUGGUUUGGUUUCCAUGGUGGCGCCUGUCGAUCACCUCUUCAGCCGCUCACGGAGGCCGAGACUCAGCAGCUGAGGCAGGACUUCUCCUCCAACGGCUGGCUGUGAGGAGUCUAUCCGUCUGUCUGUCUGUCUGUCUGUCUGUCUGUCUGUCUGUCUGUCUGUCUGUCUGUCUGUCUGUCUGUCCAUCUGUCCUUCCUCACUACAUCAAGAAACCUUUUAGCUGUUCAGUCGUUUGAUCGGUCGGUGUGAUUAUGGCACGGAGGGGGAAACACAGUAAGAGAGUGUUGCUGCUUCUUGACAAUAUGAAAGCUUUGUUCCAUUUGAGUCAAAUUUACACGUCAGUUUGUUUCACUUGUUGCUAAUGGCAUUUAUCGGGCUAAAGGCAACGCAGCGAUGCAGUGUGCAUAGGGGUGUCCAUCUCUACCUUAAGAGGCAAUCCAAUCCGAGUCUAGAUAGAUGGGUUACGAUACGAUUCACUAACGAUACAUUUUAAUACAUUAUGAUGCGAUUCGAUGCAGCUUGAAUCUAUUUGUGUGGUGAAAAAAAAUUAAAGAGAAAUAAAUCAGGUCAGAACAA